AUGGCGUCUGCACUGAUGGCUCGGGUUUGGAUCGUGUUCAUUGUAGCCCAGCACAACAACGCAGAGAGCAACCGGUUCGCACGUGGACGUUCGACCGACCAGGACGAGUUUCACGGCGGCAGCGAGAGGCCAUUUAGUAAUAACAGCGCCGACGACCACCACGGCUGCAGCGACGACCGCAGCGCCGACCACCACCACGGCUGCAGCGACGACCGCAGCGCCGACCACCACCACAGGUGCAGCAACGACCACCACGGCUGCAGCGACGACCGCCGCGCCGACGACCACCACGGCUGCAGCGACGACCGCCGCGCCGACCACCACCACGGCUGCAGCGACGACCGCAGCGCCGACCACCACCACAGGUGCAGCAACGACCACCACGGCUGCAGUGACGACCGCCGCGCCGACGACCACCACGGCUGCAGUGACGACCGCCGCGCCGACCACCACCACGGCUGCAGCGACGACCGCAGCGCCGACCACCACCACAGGUGCAGCAACGACCACCACGGCUGCAGCGACGACCGCCGCGCCGACGACCACCACGGCUGCAGCGACGACCGCCGCGCCGACGACCACCACGGCUGCAGCGACGACCGCAGCGCCGACCACCACCACAGGUGCAGCAACGACCGCAGCGCCGACGACCACCACGGCUGCAGUGACGACCGCAGCGCCGACGACCACCACAGGUGCAGCAACGACCACCACGGCUGCAGCGACGACCGCCGCGCCGACGACCACCACGGCUGCAGCGACGACCGCAGCGCCGACGACCACCACGGCUGCAGUGACGACCGCAGCGCCGACGACCACCACAGGUGCAGCAACGACCACCACGGCUGCAGCGACGACCGCAGCGCCGACCACCACCACAGGUGCAGCAACGACCACCAUGGCUGCAGCGACGACCGCCGCGCCGACGACCACCACAGGUGCAGCAACGACCGCCGCGCCGACCACCACCACAGGUGCAGCAACGACCACCACGGCUGCAGCGACGACCGCCGCGCCGACCACCACCACAGGUGCAGCAACGACCACCACGGCUGCAGCGACGACCGCAGCGCCGACCACCACCACAGGUGCAGCAACGACCACCAUGGCUGCAGCGACGACCGCCGCGCCGACGACCACCACAGGUGCAGCAACGACCGCCGCGCCGACCACCACCACAGGUGCAGCAACGACCACCACGGCUGCAGCGACGACCGCCGCGCCGACCACCACCACGGCUGCAGCGACGACCGCAGCGCCGACGACCACCACGGCUGCAGUGACGACCGCAGCGCCGACGACCACCACAGGUGCAGCAACGACCACCACGGCUGCAGCGACGACCGCAGCGCCGACCACCACCACAGGUGCAGCAACGACCACCAUGGCUGCAGCGACGACCGCCGCGCCGACGACCACCACAGGUGCAGCAACGACCGCCGCGCCGACGACCACCACGGCUGCAGCGACGACCGCCGCGCCGACCACCACCACAGGUGCAGCAACGACCACCACGGCUGCAGCGACGACCGCCGCGCCGACCACCACCACGGCUGCAGCGACGACCGCAGCGGCGACGACCACCACGGCUGCAGCGACGACCGCCGCGCCGACGACCACCACGGCUGCAGUGACGACCGCCGCGCCGACGACCACCACGGCUGCAGCGACGACCGCCGCGCCGACGACCACCACGGCUGCAGCGACGACCGCCGCGCCGACGACCACCACGGCUGCAGUGACGACCGCCGCGCCGACGACCACCACGGCUGCAGUGACGACCGCCGCGCCGACGACCACCACGGCUGCAGUGACGACCGCCGCGCCGACGACCACCACGGCUGCAGUGACGACCGCCGCGCCGACGACCACCACAGGUGCAGCAACGACCACCACGGCUGCAGCGACGACCGCCGCGCCGACGACCACCACGGCUGCAGCGACGACCGCCGCGCCGACGACCACCACGGCUGCAGUGACGACCGCCGCGCCGACGACCACCACAGGUGCAGCAACGACCACCACGGCUGCAGUGACGACCGCCGCGCCGACGACCACCACGGCUGCAGCGACGACCGCCGCGCCGACGACCACCACGGCUGCAGUGACGACCGCCGUGCCGACGACCACCACGGCUGCAGUGACGACCGCCGCGCCGACGACCACCACGGCUGCAGUGACGACCGCCGCGCCGACGACCACCACAGGUGCAGCAACGACCACCACGGCUGCAGCGACGACCGCAGCGCCGACCACCACCACGGCUGCAGUGACGACCGCAGCGCCGACCACCACCACAGGUGCAGCAACGACCACCACGGCUGCAGCGACGACCGCAGCGCCGACCACCACCACAGGUGCAGCAACGACCACCACGGCUGCUGUGACGACCGCCGCGCCGACCACCACCACAGGUGCAGCAACGACCACCACGGCUGCAGCGCCGACCGCAGCGCCGACCACCACCACAGGUGCAGCAACGACCACCACGGCUGCAGCGACGACCGCCGCGCCGACCACCACCACAGGUGCAGCAACGACCACCACGGCUGCAGCGACGACCGCCGCGCCGACGACCACCACGGCUGCAGCGACGACCGCCGCGCCGACGACCACCACGGCUGCAGCGACGACCGCCGCGCCGACGACCACCACGGCUGCAGCGACGACCGCCGCGCCGACGACCACCACGGCUGCAGUGACGACCGCCGCGCCGACGACCACCACAGGUGCAGCAACGACCACCACGGCUGCAGCGACGACCGCUGCGCCGACCACCACGGCUGCAGCGACGACCGCUGCGCCGACCACCACCACGGCUGCAGCGACGACCGCCGCGCCGACGACCACCACGGCUGCAGCGACGACCGCCGCGCCGACGACCACCACGGCUGCAGUGACGACCGCCGCGCCGACGACCACCACAGGUGCAGCAACGACCACCACGGCUGCAGCGACGACCGCUGCGCCGACCACCACGGCUGCAGCGACGACCGCUGCGCCGACCACCACCACGGCUGCAGUGACGACCGCAGCGCCGACGACCACCACGGCUGCAGCGACGACCGCCGCGCCGACGACCACCACGGCUGCAGUGACGACCGCCGUGCCGACGACUACCACGGCUGCAGUGACGACCGCCGCGCCGACGACUACCACGGCUGCAGUGACGACCGCCGCGCCGACGACCACCACAGGUGCAGCAACGACCACCACGGCUGCAGCGACGACCGCAGCGCCGACCACCACCACGGCUGCAGUGACGACCGCAGCGCCGACCACCACCACAGGUGCAGCAACGACCACCACGGCUGCAGCGACGACCGCAGCGCCGACCACCACCACAGGUGCAGCAACGACCACCACGGCUGCUGUGACGACCGCCGCGCCGACCACCACCACAGGUGCAGCAACGACCACCACGGCUGCUGUGACGACCGCCGCGCCGACGACCACCACGGCUGCUGUGACGACCGCCGCGCCGACGACCACCACAGGUGCGGCAACGACCACCACGGCUGCAGUGACGACCGCAGCGCCGACCACCACCACAGGUGCAGCAACGACCACCACGGCUGCAGCGACGACCGCCGCGCCGACCACCACCACGGCUGCAGUGACGACCGCAGCGCCGACCACCACCACAGGUGCAGCAACGACCACCACGGCUGCUGUGACGACCGCCGCGCCGACCACCACCACAGGUGCAGCAACGACCACCACGGCUGCAGUGACGACCGCAGCGCCGACCACCACCACAGGUGCAGCAACGACCACCACGGCUGCAGCGACGACCGCAGCGCCGACCACCACCACAGGUGCAGCAACGACCACCACGGCUGCAGUGACGACCGCAGCGCCGACCACCACCACAGGUGCGGCAACGACCACCACGGCUGCAGUGACGACCGCCGUGCCGACCACCACCACUUGAUGACCUUGAAACAGCUGUUAAAAUAAAAAUGAAUUUCUACUCAAAAGGCUGAAGCUACAUGAUUUGAACCUCACAUUGCUGAGGCCUGAUAUUACUGCUGUUAUUAUUAAACACCAUAUAAACACAAGGAAAUAGAAUAUAGUCACAAUAUAAACCGGACAAAUCUAAAAAAUGUCAAAAUUUUAUAGUGUGAAUAGCGGAUUUAAUAUUGCUCAAAUAAUCCUAGGCUCCCGCAGGGUGUGAAAAAGU